CGUACGGGACAGUCCUUAUGCUCACAGGUAGCUAAAUCUACUCGGAUUUAGAGUGCAUGUCUGCAUCCGGAGGUCUGCAGGUACCAUUUCCGACACAGUUAUAAAAUUCCGAGGGGACUCCGUUUGCUAUUUGUAGAGAUACACGUGAGAACCUAGGAAUACUUUUGGACAUAUAUCACCUGUAAUUGUGUACCGAUAAAGGGAGCCGUUUGAAAAAUCUGCAACCAAACCUGUGGUGCAGAAACAAGAAUACUUUGUACACAACGCCAGCUCCAAGUUCGUGAUGUCAAAAGGAGUGUUUUGAAUACAAAGCAUUUGCAAGAAAGGAAAGAAUGGUUGUGACAUCAAUAUUAAAUGCUUAAAAUAAUCGUACUGAUAGUGACAUAAUUCUUUUUGGGAUUUGCUUCCAUCUUUGACGUAAUCCAUGAAGGUUGUCACAGUAAAAGGAGCCAUGGAGCGGCAUCCAUCACAGACUAAUUUCGACAUAUUCACAACCGAAGACGAACCCGAGCUUCAAUUAGAGGAAUUGCAGAGCGUGUUGGUGUCUGACGAGAACGGUCCGAUCCCCAUGGAGACCGACCGGAAGUCAAGGUCAGCGAAGGAAGCCCUUUCUGAAGCUGUGGGAGGGAUCCGAGAUGACUCCAGACGUUUCUACAAAUUUGUCAAGAAACACAUUCAUUUGAGAAGAAAGGAAAAGUUCACUGCCGUGAAAAACAUCCAUAUCGAACCAGAAUACGAUGAAACAACGUGGGCGCGAAGGUCAGCAAAUAGCGCCGCCUCGCGGUCAAGUGUUGAUUCAGCCUCAUCAACGGACAGUAACUCCAGUAACGUUCGGGACAGUAGUUUGGAAAUAGUGCAUGAUAUGGAAAAUGAAUUUGGACUAGAAAUAAUCCAUACGUGAGAAUGGCGAUUUGGUGUAUAGGUUAGUUGGUGCUACAAGAAAGAAAUAAAUUUAAGUACAGGCGUACCGAAAUUUAUAUGCAACUCUCGGUGACUGGUCGUCUGUGACAGAAAAAGACCUAAUAGUGAUAUUGGCACCGGAACGCUGAUUGAAGCCUUGUCAAUAAUAAUGACAGAGCUCAUUCCAAGGGUAAUACAACGUAACGGUAAACCGGAAUGGACCGGAUUAUAAACUUAUUGUUCCACUUGUUCUUCACAAGUAAAGAUGUGUGCUUUAAUUGUCCAUGUCAUACAAACAGUGCGCAUGUUCUUCUGACAUUGAGAGGUGAAACUGUGUGUCUAGUCAUCAAAGACGUCUAUAGCCGUACAACCACGAGUUGAUCUUCAGACGAAGAACUAACUUCUGUUUUUAUUAGUAAUUAACGUUUUAUUAAUUUGCAAGCUCAAGAAACCUGUGUUGAAUACAAUGGAAUUUCGUUGAAUCUGUGCCAUGGCCUAAUAUAAUGCUAUGCAAAACUAAAAAAAAAUAUGCAUCUGUGGAGAAAAAUAAAUCCUACAUUUCGAUAAUUAUACAUAGUUCGUGAAGGAAGAAGAUUGUGUGGUAUCAGAUAGAAAGGGUAAUGAAUGUUUUAAGAAUCAUCGGAAAUGAUUAUAGUAAGAGAGAGUAAGAGAGCGUGGGGAAGACAAUGAGAUGUGAUAAGAUAUAGAAUAUGUAAAUUGAGUGUGUUGUAAUCAACACAAAUCUGCACCUAACCGAAUAUAUUUCAAUUGAUUGUCUAUAAUAAAUGUGUGUCAUAAACUGUUGUAAGGUUAUAUAUUACUGCCUAACCUUGUUAAGGAAACUGUUAAAUCGUCGGGCACUUUUCGUACGUUGAAAGGAUAGACAAAGAUAUAAAAUCUAAAUGGGUAAAUGAGUGAAUAUCUUCUAUACACGUGGUUAGCAAGGAUAGGCCAAAGUUCCUCAAAAAUCUCCCCUGGGGAGUUGGGAUUUCUUGGUCAAGGAUAGGCCCAAUUUCCUCAAGAACCUCUUGUCGAGAGUUAGCCUAGGAUUUCUUGGUCAAGGAUAGGCCAAGUUCCUAAAGAACCUCUUCUCGAGAGAUGGGAUUUCUUGGCCAAGGAUUAUGUCCAUGGUGUCGGCUUUUCUCCACUCGUUCUUGUUUUCUCGAUAUUGGAUAUGAUAUCUAGUAGAGUGGGAUUAAGUGGUUGGGGGUAACUGUUAAACAGACAUUGGUUCCACGGAUACUCUUUAUUAUCGGUCAGCUCCUCAUUUUCGUCCAUUGAAAACAUUAUUGGAAAUAAGAGAGAAGUAUUGAGAUAAGGGAAUUUCUGAAAAUUCUGUAAUUAUUUCUAAUGAAGAGAAAUGUUAGUGAAAAUGAAGUCGAAUAAAAUAAACUCGCAAUACCUGGAGAACUCGUCUCAUAACCUCUGCGAAAAAAUGCGUCCGUUUUACUCCAAAAUUUUGGUAAAACAUUUUGAAAAAGCAUAAGAAAAAUACAUAAAAUAUGUGGUAAGAGCGAAGGAUAAAAUAUUUAUAUGUAUGUCAAUAUAGAUACUUGGAUUAAUUAAGAAACUGGUGUUUCCUCUGUGAGGGAAUACUAGGUGAAAGAUUAAAGCUCACGUGACUUAAUACAAUUUUCAUCAUACGACACCAAUAACUAACUCAUUAUAGUUUGCUGUGGUGAAGAGUGCGGUGUCAGUUUUCUUACUAUAAAUUCUUGAUUUUUUUAUUCAUAAUCUGAAACGUGCAAUAACGUAUAUGUGGUGUCCACAGCGACCCGUGUUGAUACGUAUCACAGGUCCUUGUGUCGACAAUUCAUUUAUCUUAAAUGUUGAUGUUUAAUGUUUCAUAUAGCAAUUAACUGUGAUUAAUUUUUGUGAUCGAUGUACUGCCGUGAUUUGCGCAUACAGCAAUGAAAUGUCUCGUGGCUCAAGAUAAUUCGAGUUACUCCCCUUUGUUAAGAUUUUGUGUUGAGACCAUCGUUUAUACCAGUUUUAUAUCAAACUUUGUAUUAGACUUUUACAUCGAAAAAAAGAGACGUGUGUUAUCUUGUAACAACAUCUUGAUUAAACAGUCAAUUAAGUUUGUACAAAAAACAACUCGAUGAACGUUUAAUUCCUAUAUUAUGUAGAGGCCGAAUAUUUUAAACAAUACCAAAAGUUACAUACUUUUCGUUAAAACGACACUCGAAAUGUUUGAGCUUCUAAUUUCAUCUUUUAAAUUGAUUUUAAAGAAGCUCAUACUCUAACUUAUUCUCGAUAUUCAGAUAUUCUUUAGAACGAUGUUAGGUAAAUUACGAAACUAUUUUGAAACAACUUGCAUGUACAUGUAUCGUUUUUACACGUGCGAAUUUACUGUGAAAUAUGGGGAGGAAUCGAAACUAAUAUUUAUGAAAUAUUGUAUAUGUUAUAAUAAUUUUAUUUUUUAUGUUUAUUUUGUUUGAGUAUCUGUACACGCACACACUUGAAUGAUUCAACAAUUAACACUUGUGGCGAUUGAAUGAAUAAAAUUAUCUAUUAUCAGUGGUA